AUGGACUGGUACUCCUGGUUGUCCAACUCCAGCCUUGAGCCGUACCUUGUUUACGAGUAUGGGCUCCUGUUGACGAACAACGAGCUCGAGGAGGAGGACAUAGCAUACUUCGACCAUUCCUUCCUCCAGAGCAUGGGCAUCGCCGUAGCCAAGCACAGGUUGGAGAUCCUCAAACUCACCAACAAGGACAGGAGGGUGCCUCCACUUCCUGUCGCCAAGCUCGUAGCAGCGAUCAGGCAGUCCAAGAAUUGUCUCGCCAGGUACCUCCGCACGCUGUCGCGUGCCAAGAGUCCGGCGAUCUUAGUCGUCCCAACGACUCCAUACGGCGACCGCUGGGGAGGGGCCAUGUUGAGGAGGAAGACGAAGCUGGCGCUUUUGAGGCAGGGUAGGCUGAUGAUCACCGACCGUGGCAUGAGCAUCGCUCGUGUGCCUUCUCCAUCCCACAGCGCUAGCCCGAUGUUUCGCAGUCACCAUGACCAACGCAAUGCUGCAGCUGCUGCCGACGAUGAUGGGUACUGGGAGACUGCAGUUGGAGACAUGAGGUGGGACGCCAUGUUUCAGAACUUGAAGCCCACAUAA